AUGACAAGUCUUAGGGAAAUGUGUUUCGAUGAUCUCUUUAAAAUCAACUCCCUGGCAUUUGACUCUCUAACCGAAAUGUACAGCUUGACCUUCUUCGCGAAGCAUCUCCUGGAGUUCCCAGAACUAAGUCAGAUAGCCAUUGCCCCCGGUCCGGAAGGCAGUCGAAUGGGCUAUAUCUUUGGGGUCUACCACCUGCCAAAAAAUAAGAUAAUGUAUGGCCACGUUGCUUCAUUGACUGUCUCCCCGGCAUAUAGACGUAUCGGAGUGGCCACCACAUUGAUGGACUACUUCGACAAGAUCCUGGAUUUCAAAGGAGCUAACUACGUCGACCUCUAUAUGAGAAUCAGCAAUAAAGCUGCCUACAAGCUGUAUUGUUCGCUGGGAUAUGCCCUUCGCGGAACUGCUAAGGACUAUUAUCCGGACCAGCCCAACCCGGAAGAUGCCUACGAAAUGAGAAAGUACUUUCCCCGGCCUCUGGAGGUUCAAGCUGUAGGAUAA